ACAAUGGGGGGAUAAAUACUACGGCCAGCAGAUUGAAAGGGCGUCGUAGACGAAGGCCAGAUCUUCUCCCUCCUGCUCUUCUGUCAGCUCUCCUUCCGAUCUUUAAGAACUCAGGAUGCCUCACGCAUACCCUUUCCUCACUCCUGAGCAGAAGAAGGAGCUCAGUGAUAUUGCUCAAAGGAUCGUCGCCCCUGGCAAGGGAAUCCUUGCUGCAGAUGAGUCCACUGGCAGUGUGGCUAAGCGCUUCCAGAGCAUCAAUGCUGAGAACACUGAGGAGAACAGGAGGCUGUACCGCCAGCUGCUCUUCACCGCUGACGACCGCAUCACCCCCUGCAUUGGUGGCGUCAUCCUCUUCCAUGAGACCAUGUACCAGAAGACCGACGAUGGCAAGCCCUUCCCACAGUACCUCAAGGAGAGAGGCAUGGUGGUGGGCAUCAAGGUUGACAAAGGUGUUGUUCCCUUGGCUGGAACAAAUGGCGAGACAACCACCCAGGGUCUUGAUGGGCUGUAUGAGCGCUGCGCUCAAUACAAGAAGGAUGGUGCUGACUUUGCCAAGUGGCGCUCUGUUCUGAAGAUCACCCCCACCACUCCCUCACAUCUCGCCAUCAUUGAGAACGCCAAUGUCUUGGCUCGCUAUGCCAGCAUCUGCCAGAUGCAUGGCAUCGUCCCCAUUGUGGAGCCGGAGAUUCUUCCUGAUGGAGAUCACGACCUGAAGCGCUGUCAGUACAUCACAGAGAAAGUCUUGGCUGCCGUCUACAAGGCCCUGUCUGACCACCACGUCUACCUAGAGGGUACUCUUCUCAAACCCAACAUGGUUACUGCUGGACACUCCUGUUCACACAAGUACAACAGCCAGGAGAUUGCAAUGUCUACCGUCACUGCCCUGCGCCGCACUGUGCCCCCUGCUGUCCCCGGAAUUACCUUCCUCUCUGGUGGCCAGAGUGAGGAAGAAGCCACUGUCAAUCUGAACUCCAUGAACCAGUGCCCCCUGCACAGACCCUGGGCUCUGACCUUCUCGUAUGGCCGUGCCCUGCAGGCCUCUGCCCUGAAAGCCUGGGGUGGCAAGAAGGAGAAUGGAAAGGCAUGUCAGGAAGAGUUCGUUAAGAGAGCUUUGGCCAACAGCCAAGCCUGUGUAGGCAAAUAUGUUUCCUCUGGAGCCAGCGCUGCUGGUGGAGAGUCAUUGUUUGUGGCUAACCAUGCUUACUAAGCAUUGACGUCCCACUUACUACCCACCGCCUCUGCAACAGAGCAGCACACGUCCUCAAAGACAAGAUGUCUCAUCACUAACAAUCACAGCAACAUAAGUAACUUUAAUAACCAAAAAAAAGAAACAAAUUAUGGGAAAAACAUUUCUUCUAGCAGUUGCUAAAAAAGCUCUGACUUCAUUCCCUUACCUUAUAUUUUUAAGUGCCUUUUUUACAGGUAAUAAUUUCCACUGUUUUUACACAGCUCUUUCUACUUUCCUUGGUCUGUUUCCACCUUAUUGUAGCAUGUAAUGUAUGCUAUUACCACGGAAUAAAGUCUUUACCCAAAUACA